AGAUCAUCUUCCUGAGGUGUAACCAAGGUUUCUAAAUGCACCUUUUUUUAUACCAUCACAAAGAUCCAUAACUUGACGCACGUUCACUAAUACGUUCAUAUAACGUUAAACAUUGUAUUUUCUUGAUGUGGUCUUCGGUAUGCAGUUUAAAGUAAUCCGUAUCGCAAAGGUGCAGGUCCCUUGAGUCAGUCAGAGGUGAUGCUGCAGCACAGCAGCAUUUAGCUCAGUCAGUGAUGAGGAGGGUAACCGACGUGAGAGGGACGUUAUUUCUACUCUGUGAGUGUGUGGCACCCAAUUUUUGAGGAAGUCAAGAAACUGAAGAAAAUGGACGACAUAUGCAUGACAAUGCCCGAUGGCUUUUUACCUGUGUCAACGAUGAAAAAUGGGAUAUAUGCCUUCAAGUCAGUGUUGGAGAUGGAUUGAGGAGCGACAUAUCUACACUAAAACAACGGACGCGAUGCUAACUUGCUAGCUUGCUCUUUGGUGUUUGUACCUCCGACACAUAACGUUACUGUUGAGGUUAUAAUUUCGGAUACGGUGAUCAAAACUUUUCCUCUUGCUUCUUCUUUAAACUACUGAUUUACUAGAUUAACGUAAACUCAAACGGUCAACUUUAACGUUACCAGGUGACAUUUAGCGUCGUGCUACAUUAGUUAGCUGACUUUAGAAGUGGCUAUUAGCGUUAUCUCAAGCCAAAAGUAGUUCAGCUAAUUAACAUAACGUUAGCCCAAAAGGCAAUGAAUACACAGAGUAACGUUAGUUAACAUGACAGUGACUAACAUAACCAGCUUGGUUUGUUAGACAGCAGUUAAACCGCAAUACACGUCAAUGGUUUUAAGCUAUUUGUAAUUAUUUGUUCUUACAAAAGGACAGACUAGUUUACACACAGAUACCUGCACGUUUACAGUUUGGGCAUGUUAUAUUAAGACACAGAUAAAAACAGCAUUUCUUACAUGUGCAAAAUCUGUAAAUUGUUGCUCCACGAGGUAACGUUCAGAUACAGUGUUAAUCUUUGCUUGAUAGGUUGAUUAGAAACUUUAAUAACGACUACCUCACCGGAUGGGACAGAGGGAAGAGACAUGUGACAUUUAGGGGAAUUUUCUGUCAGUGUCGGCAAAUAAAUUUCCCCUAACAUAGGCUGUGUUCUGGCGAAAAUGUUAAACUAGGGCAUGAGAGUUGGCACAUCUUCAAAUGCUCUGUAGCGAGUAAAUUUUUCCAGAACAGCUUCAUCAAGAGUAGCUCAUAACUGCCAGACAUGCGUCUCUCCUCCUUUUUGGCCGUGUUCAGGCCUGCUUUACCCCUUAUCCUCGGGCUGUCUCUGGGAUGUAGUCUGAGCCUUUUGAUGGUGUCCUGGACAGAAGGGGAUACCGAUGAAUCCUGUAGAGAUGAACUCGGCAAUGGGAGGCUUUUCAUUGGCAGAGGAGAUGCCCAGAGAGACUCAAGGGAUGGAGCUGGAAAUGAAGACUUCCAGCCACGUAUCGUGCCCUAUCACAAGGACCCAAACAAGCCACACAAGAAAGUCCUCAGAACUCGGUAUAUUCACACUGAACUGGGCAUCAGAGAGCGACUGCUGGUGGGUGUCCUGACCUCUCGGGCCACCCUCAACACGCUGGCCGUGGCGGUGAAUCGCACAGUUGCCCACCACUUCCACCGCACCUUUUUCUUCACAGGCCUGCGCAGCCCUAAGGUGCCUCACGGCAUGACUGUGGUUGCCCACGGUGAUGACCGUCCAGUGUGGCUGAUGUACGAGACAGUGCGUCACCUCCACCAGCACUACGGCUCAGACUAUGACUGGUUCCUCUUAGCCCAGGAUGACACUUACAUGCAAGCAGAUCGUCUGUCAGAGCUGGUGGGCCACCUCAGUGCAGGUCAGGACCUGUAUAUGGGCAGGGCGGAGGAGUUUAUUGGUGGAGAGGAGAAGGCACGCUACUGCCACGGGGGCUAUGGCUACCUGCUGUCCCGCAGUCUGCUGGCCCGUCUGCAGCCCCACCUUGACAGCUGCCGUAAUGACAUCCUCAGUGUGAGACCUGAUGAGUGGCUUGGCCGCUGCAUUAUUGACUACCUGGGUCUCAGUUGUGUGGAGGUGCACCAGGAGAUGACCUAUCGUUACUUUGAGCUCGGGAAAAACGCAGAUCCAGAGCGCGAAGAUAGCGUACAGUUUAAAAAUGCCUUCACGGUCCAUCCUAUAUCAGAACCAAAUCUCAUGUACCGCCUACACAAACGCUUCAGCCAGAUUGAGCUGGAACAGACUUACCUACAGAUUCAACAGCUGCAGAUGCAGAUCAACAAUCUGAGUGACCUGACACCAGAGGGUAAGGCUGGAGUCACGUGGCCUAUUGGAAUCAACCCUCCCUUCAAGCCAAAAACCCGUUUUGAGGUUAUAAACUGGGAGUACUUUACUGAAGAGCAUAUUUACUCGUGCAUUGACAGCUCCCCCAAGUGUGAGAUGAAAGGGGCUGACCGCGCGGAUGUAAACGCAGUUCUGGAGAUUGCGGUAGAGCGUCUAAACGAACGCUACCAGCCCCAGCUACGCUUCCGCAAGCAGCGUCUUCUUAACGGUUACCGACGCUUUGAUCCCACGCGUGGUAUGGAGUAUGUGCUGGACCUUGCGCUGGAGGCCUAUACCCAGAAAGACCACAGUCAAGUCAUUGCCAAACGGGUUAACUUGUUGCGACCUCUAAGUGCAGUUGAGAUUAUCCCCAUGCCCUAUGUGACAGAGGCAACACGGGUGCAGGUCAUCCUACCUGUCACUGCCCAGGAUCAGGACUAUGUUGGUAACUUCCUCGACAUGUACGUGAUGAACACUCUGGACACCCAUGACAAUGUUUUACUCACAUUCCUGUUCAUCUACGAUCCCUUUGAUGCACAACGAGUCAGCCAGACUGAUGUGUUCGCUGGCAUUAAGGCCAUGAUUGGGGAGGUGGAGAAGCGCUACGGAGACGUGAAGAUCCCCUGGAUCAGCGUGAAGACGGAGGUGCCCUCGCAGGUCAAGCUGAUGGACAUCAUCUCUAAGAAGCACCCAGUGGACACGCUGUUUUUCCUGGCCAGUGUGUGGACAGAGAUCAAUGCUGACUUCCUGAAUCGCUGCAGAAUGAACGCCAUCAGCAACUGGCAGGUCUUCUUCCCCAUCCACUUCCAAGAGUACAGUCCUGCUGUCGUCUACCGCGACCAGCAGCCCUCUGCUGCCUCCUCCUCUUUUGCCUCUGAGUCACUGCGAGACGGCCACUUUGACCGCCACGUCUUUGACGAGGCUUGCUUUUACAAUGCGGACUACAUGACGGCGCGGACCAAGAUGGCUGCCGACAUCUUGGACAACGAGGAGCUGCUGGAAAGCAUGGACGUGUACGACAUAUUUGUCCGUUACUCUGGUCUUCAUGUGUUCAGAGCUGUAGAGCCGGCGCUGAUCCAGAAAUAUGUGCGACGAGUGUGUAACCCACGGUUCAGUGAGGAUAUCUACCACCGCUGUGUCCUCAGCAACCUGCAGGGUCUGGGCUCACGCUCACAUCUAGCCAUGGCUCUUUUUGAACAAGAGCAGGCCAACAGCACCUAGAAGCCUGGGCUUCCUUAGAGUGUUGGGGUCUCAAAGAUGCUGCCUGGACUAAAGGAUACUUGCACAAAAUAAUGUGAAUUGUAAUAUGGCACUUUUGUGAUCCAUACACUGAAAGUCUCACCUUUUGUAUUUGGCAGAAAGAGGUCAGGAUCAGCUCAAGAACAGCACCGUCUUGCUCAUUGACACUUUGACAGAGCAAAUGAGUGCUGAUGCAUAAGUUCCUAGUCGUAUCCUCCAGCUGAAAAUCUCUCUGCUCAGUAUUUAUGAGUACUUUUGACCUAUGAGUCACAAAUUAUGAGUCAAGGAGGUGUCUUCUCACACAACUCCCUGAACAUGGACUACUUGUAUUCCUGCCAUUGACGUAUUCUCACAGGAGCCGAGCAACAAUAUUUAUACUCUUUUUUUUUUUUUUUUUUUUUUUUAAAUAUAGGAGGUAGUGUCUUGAAAGAAUACAUGAACAAAGGCCUUCAAUGUUAAUAAUUAAUUGAGAAAAAACUUGAGCCAUAAGUCUUCCUUAAUGAAGAUGAUUAAAAUAAUACUGGAAACAAGCUGAAGCCAUUGGCUGCCUUUUCUUUAAGAUAUGUUCUUUUUUUGAGGUAUUAAAGAGUGAUAUGUCCGCUCAGAGUGUGUAAAAACACUUGUUUCAGUCUCAUUAGACAAAAAGACAACUGUUUAUAGGAUCUGUAUGCAGCAUGCUUGAACAGUUACUCCUGGAGGUAUCUGUUAUCUGCUUGGCAGAGCUGAAGAAAAGGUAAUAUGGCAGAAAAAUCAGUAGUGAUGGCGUGCUCAUAUUCAGAAUAAUACUUCUUGUAGUCAUCCCGGUGUGCCUAAAAGCUUUACUGCAGCGCCUGGAGGCAGUGAACAGUUUGUUCUGAAGCAGCCUGCCCCUCCUCGUCUCCUCACAUUAAGUCAGUAAUUCCUCACCCCGGCCCAGGCCUCCCUGGGGUUUUGGCAAGUAUUCUGUACACACAUGUCUUUGGGGAGAGAAGUGAACCCAGUGCCCAGAGGGAGGGUCGUGUCUAUGCUAGCCAAGGUCCGCCAUGGCGUGGGUGGUUAACCUUCACAGCAAGAUGGUUGAACAAGCUGAAUGGCUUACUUCACACAGCCUCCUCUCCCUCCCUCCCUCCUCUCUAAAGGGGAGAGAGGAUUGCAUUGAAGCCCCCUUACCUCCCCCCACCCACAAAACUUCUCCAUGCGAGGGUUGUCGCCUCGGGAGAAUAUGGGAGCAGCAGAGUGAAAGAGGCUCUUUCUGAGGUGGGAGCGAGGCUGCAGUCAGCGUUACAGCACUGCUGCAUUAUGCUGUGGAAAGGCCUCCACCUGCUUCCUUGUGGUGAGGUCAGUGAACAAUAAAAUGCCUGUCUGCCACCUCCGAGGAACGCCUCGCUGAUACAGGAAAUCUAACCCACCAAUGAGCUUGAGCACAAAAUCAGAGUAUGAGAGUGUUCUUUUAGUGAAGGGUAAUUUAGCAGUGCUGCACAAUUAUUUGCAUAAUUGCAUUUGGAAUAUGGGAGGAAAAAGAAAACACCUUAAUUUGCUGACGUUUAUGGAGUGGAGUUCUGCUGUGGGUGAAAAUAGUGAAGAUGUGGAUAUCAAAGGGUGCAUUUAAGUAAUUUUGCCCCUUAAAUGUUUGAGAAUAAUAACUAUUUAUUAAAGUCACAACAUUUGUUAAGUCAGUUUGACGUUUACCCAUAAUUACAGAGUCCAGGUAGGUUAUUCUCCCACUGUUAUUGCAGAGAGGUCAGACGUGUUUUGAUGUUGAUCAAGUCAGCUCAUACAGUAUAGAAUCAGCUUGUCUUACACAGAGACACAAGACCAGUAUAAUAUCUACAGUACGCUGAGUAUAGGAAAGCUGGAAGAUAGAUUUAACAUUUGGCCUAUUGAGGCGCUAACACAUUUUUAAAAAUUAAAUUUGGAUUUCAACUCAUAAAUAUUAUGCUUUGUGCCUCGACUUACAGUAUCUUUUAUGUAAAUAAAGUCAGUAAAAAUACCUAAAAUUG